UCAAAUUAUCUCCGUUCACGCGCGAACGGAACACCCCUCAUCCUUUUGCUUUUCAGUUACCCACUAAUCAAAACAAGACCUUCAACAGAAGCCAUCUGGUCCAAACCUUCUCUGAUUCUGCCACACCCUUACGCCAAUCGGCGGCAACAAGAACCGCAAUUUCAGGAAUCGUCUCUUCAUCCUUCUUACCAACCCGAAGUUUCCUUAUCCUUUUUAUUUAGAUCCAUUUGGUUUUUGCUUAGUCUUAUUGUUUAGAUCUAUUUUUCUCUGGUCCAAUGAGUCGGUACGAUUCGAAUCCUUUCGAGGAAGAAGAGGUCAAUCCCUUCGCGGAUGGAGCAGGUAAAGGAAAAGGACAAUCAACCUAUAGUGGAGGUGCAUUUUAUAUGACCAACUCCGCAACUGUCCCUUCUGCAGCAUCUAAGCUCUCACCCCUUCCUCCUGAGCCUUAUGAUCGUGGGGCAACUAUUGAUAUUCCUCUAGAUUCCUCAACGGAUGUAAAAGCAAGAGAGAAGGAGCUUCAAGCUAAAGAAGCGGAAUUGAAAAGAAGGGAACAGGAACUAAAACGAAGGGAAGAUGCUAUAGCCCGAGCUGGUAUAGUUAUAGAGGAGAAAAAUUGGCCACCAUUCUUCCCGAUCAUUCAUCAUGACAUUGCAAGGGAAAUACCAAUACAUCUGCAGAAGGUUCAGUACGUUGCAUUCACAACAUUUUUAGGUUUGGUUCUGUGCCUUACAUGGAAUAUUGUGGCAGUUACUACUGCUUGGAUCAAAGGGGAAGGUCCUACAAUAUGGUUUCUUGCUAUCAUCUACUUUAUUUCAGGUGUACCAGGUGGCUACGUGUUGUGGUAUCGCCCUCUUUAUCGGGCUACAAGGACUGACAGUGCUCUGAAGUUUGGCUGGUUUUUCUUGUUUUACCUGUUGCAUAUUGGCUUUUGCAUAUUCGCUUCAGUUGCUCCACCAAUUAUCUUCAAAGGAAAAUCCCUCACAGGUAUCUUGCCUGCUAUAGAUUUGCUGGGUGACCACGCACUGGUUGGGAUAUUCUACUUUAUUGGGUUUGCGUUUUUCUGCCUCGAGUCUCUGCUGAGCGUCUGGGUUAUUCAGCAAGUAUACAUGUACUUCCGUGGCAGCGGCAAGGCUGCGGAGAUGAAACACCAAGCUGCGAGGGGCACCAUGAUGGCAGCUCUAUGACACGACUUACAAGGUGGACGGAGCUCUUAGCUUCUUGUCGAUUGCCAUAAAAAACUUGAUUUCUUUGUUACCAAUGCCUUGGAUUCUUUGCGGCUUACUUAUCUUCACAGGUUUUGGGCUAUAGGAUUCAGUCAUGUCAGAUGCUUAAGAUAGAAAAGCUUAGUUGUGCAUAUGGAGAAGAAAAAAAGGUUGCAUGAGAUGUUUCCUUUGAUAUGAUAAUGUUUGGCUUGCAGAAUGUUACUUUAAUUUUGUCGUGUACUUUAUCAACAAAAAAUAUUUUUUUUUUUAAAUUUUUCUAUGGAGGUUUAAAAUCUAUUGGGGAAAAAAUUUUCUUGUGGAUGGAAGAAAUUACAUUGAGGAAGCUACCCAAUUAAACUUGAUAAUGUUCA